ACGAUCCAUGCGCACACACACUGCAACGCAAUCAUGGCCGGCAACAACUCUGACACGAUAAUGGAGGACCCAUCAGCGACUCUAUUCAAGGGCUUGAGGUUCGCGUUCAUUCCCAGCACAGAAUUCUCGGACGGGUCCAUCCAAGAUUUGAGGAAAGACGUUGUCAGAUAUGGAGGCGAUUUCGUCGUUCUCGACAGCGAUGGCCGUAUACAAGACCUCUCGGACGUGUCCCACGUUAUCUCGACGACAGCCGAUUUCCCCCAGUACUCGGACGCCCUCGAUGCUAUGUUGGCCGUUGUCAAGCCUGCCUGGAUACCAGAGUCAAUAAGAAAGCAGAAGCCCGCCAACACGAAACAGCACAGCCCCGAUCCUCACAUGUUCAUGUCGAAUGUCGUAGUCUGCUGCGCAGAUAUUCCGGAAGGCGAUAAAGAGGCUGUGUAUGGAGGGGUAUUGGCUAUGGGGGGUGCAUAUGCGACUGGGCUAUCAGCCUUUGUGACACAUAUUAUCGCUCUGGAUCUUCGAAAUGCGUACUGUCAAAAGGCUAUCCAAAAAAAGCUGCGAUGCCACAUAGUCCUGCCCCACUGGUUCGACGUCUGUAUGAAAGUAGGCGCUAAGGUUUCUGAGGAUAACUAUCUCCUAUCAGAUCCUGUGGCCCUCCGAAGCGGACCGGGAUCACCUCCACUGGCGAACGCGAAAAAGAUACAUGAUACUAUAAACGGCGCCACCUCCCACCAUCCCGAGCAAGAGACUGUAGCAAGACGACAAGCCUCGGCAGUGUUCAAGAGCAAGAAGUUGAAGAUCUGCAAGGACCUAGAGCUUAGCGUUCACCUCACGGAUAAUAUUGCUAAAGUUGUGGAAGAAAGCGGAGGAUCUCUUACGGACGACAUCGAGGCGACAGACAUCUUGAUUUGCAGGUACAGAGACGGCCCUGAUUACGUGGAAGCGUCAAGAGCAGGGAAAGAUGUGGGGAAUCUCGCCUGGCUUUUUGACAUAAUAAGGAGUAACAGAUGGAGGUCGCCCUUCCGCAAGCUGCUCCAUUAUCCGGUCCCUCGCAAUGGAAUUCCUGGCUUCGACAAGUACCACAUAAGCAUUUCAAAUUAUACAGGACUGGCGCGAGACUACCUUCAAGAUCUUGUCAAAGUCACUGGGGCUCACUUGGAUCGCAAAAUGACACAGGAAGAUACUCAUCUGAUCACUGCAUAUAUGGAUGGUGCCAAGUGUGAAGCGGCACAAGAAUGGAAUAUCCACAUUCUGAACCAUAUCUGGCUGGAGGAAAGCUAUGCGCAGUGCGAGGAGAUGUCAAUGACCAACCCAAAAUAUGUUUACUUUCCAAAGGGCACCAAUCUCGGCGAGGCCGUUGGUCAAACUAGCCUUGAUCCUAAGGCUGUAGAGAAAUACUAUACCGAGACUGCACCACCAAGGCCCGGUGUUGUCAAAAAGUCUAAAGCUCGACCGGCGGCUCAGACCAGCACACCGGUCGCUCAGAAGACUAGACGGCAACCAGUGGAAGGGCAAUCAGCAGAGCGUCAUCCCGUGGAAGGAGACAAGGAGAAUCAGACACCGUCAACCGCUGGGAGAGGUGCAAAGGCUCGUGCGAUGGCCAAGCUCAGUGAUAUGGCACCCGACAUGGCCAAGUUUGAGAAGGAAAUGAAGAGGGUUGGUGGCGUGAUACACGGUAGAGAUAGGAAAGAGUCAGAGAAACGGAAACGGUCCGUCGAACCAGAUGCGGAAGAGGAAGAGGAGGAAAGAAAGGCAACACCACCGAAGAAGACAAAGUCCAAGCAAGGGCGUCCCAAGGCGGUACCAGUUGGCAAAGUAGAACGCGAGUACUGGCUCAUGGUCACCGGAUAUAAAGCAUGGGUAGGAAACGAGACCAAAGAAUCAGCAGACAAGAUGAAACUACGUCAGCUCGGACUUUGGGUGACUGGAGACCCUCGUCCAGACAUGAUUCUCUGUGCGCCGAAUCUCAUUCGCACGAAGAACUUCCUUCGAGCCCUGGCUCACGCACCCGUGGUGGUUUCAACCGACUUCUUAGACUACGCCCUGAAGCACCAUGAGCUGCCAGACCCACAUCAAUUCAUACUGAGCGACCGAGAAAACGAGAAAAAGUUCGACAUCAACCUCACGCAGACGUUGACCCGAGCCCAGCGGAAUCAAGGCAAGCUGUUGGAAGGUCUCGCAUUAUUCUGCACCGGAAACGUGACUUCGGGCUACGAAACGAUGAGAGACAUAGCCGUCGCCAACGGUGGCACGUGCCAGCUUUAUACCGGACGAUCUAAUAUGAACGUUUCGAAGCGUGAAGUCAAGGCUGUUGCUGCCAAUACGGAAAGCCAAGAGCAAGAUCCAUACGGCGAAGGCGACAAGGAGUACAUCUAUCUGAUCAGCUCUCGCGAGAGGAAAGAUGAAUUGAUGUGGCCCAAGUUUCGCAGCCUGGCGAAGAAUGUGGAUAUGAUACCGCGGAUAGUAGACGUCAAUUGGUUGUUGAAGACUGCCAUGGACCAGAAGGUCUCCAGAGUAGAGAAGGAACAUCUGAUCGACGAAAAGGACUCAUGAAGAUUAUGGCAUAUUCCGAUAAGGGUUCGGGUAUAGAGUGGAUCCCCGGCGCGUUGGAGUGUGGGUAUUGUUUGGUUGGGACAGCGACAUAUUGGCGUUCUCUACCAUGUUC